AUGGCUGUUCAAGCACAGUUGUAUCCAGAAAGACUUGGCCUUUUGCCUGUGUGUGGCCUACAGGAUUGCAUGUUUAAUAAUCCUGUUUUAGGGCUUGAAGCUGAUUUUGGUUUUGCUUUCCAAGAGCCUCAGCAACAGAAUCUCUUUCUUGAACAACAAAACUCUCAAAACUUUGGUUUUGAUUGUAAUAUUGGGGGUUCUUCGUCUUCUUCAACAACUUGUGAUAGUUCUUUCUCCACGUCCCUUUCUCAAUAUUUGGAUGUUCAGCUUGACAUGCAAAGGCGAGAAGUUGAUUGCAUGCUCCAAUUACAGGCUGAGAGACUAAGAUCUGCUCUGCAACAGCAAAGGAAGCAACAGCUUGGAAUAGUACUAAAGAGUGUAGAAUCAAAGGUCGUGUCUUUGAUAAGGCAAAAGGAUGAGUACUUGGCACAAGCAACAAAGAAAAACAUGGAGCUUGAGGUCUGCCUGAGAAAAGUAGAGCUGGAGAGCGAACAAUGGCAGAGAGUUGCAAGAGAAAAGGAAUCAAUGGUCGUUGAUUUAAGGAACACACUUGAACAACUCGGAGAAAGACUGGUCAUGGCCAGCAAUAAAGUCCAAGAUGCAGAGUCCUCUUGUUGUGGCUCAUGUGAUAGAGAACAAGACCAAGAAAGCCAAAAAAAGAUGGUUUGUAAAGGGUGCAAUUCUAGAGGCUCGUGCAUUAUCUUUCUCCCUUGCAGGCAUCUCUGCUCGUGCAACUCUUGUGAAGCUUUUCUUGGCUCUUGUCCUGUCUGUAAAUCAGUAAAGGAAGCAAGCAUGGAGGUUUUUUGGGCCUAA